AUGUCAUCAGGCCUAAGAAAAUCACAUUGUGUCAGAUGUGAUAAAGAACGCGCAACAUCGAAAUGUACUGGUUGUUUACAAGAUUUCUGCUACACUCACUUUAUUCAACAUCAUCAGGAGCUAAACAAACAACUUGAAGAUGUCUAUAGUAACUAUAGUCUUUUCCGGCAAGCGCUUAAUUUUCAAAUUAGUCGAACAAAUAAUGAACUAUUGUUUCGUCAAAUUGAUCAAUGGGAAUACGACUCGAUUCGAUUAGUUCAACAAACAGCAAACGAAUGUCGACAAAUUCUAUCUCAACAUCCUUCGAAUGAUAUUCAUCAAAUCGACAUGCAUUUAGUAAGAUUAACGGAUCAAAUAGAAGCUAUGCGACAUGAAGACGACUUCAACGAAAUGGAUAUCAAUCAGUUCAAAGAGAAAUUAGAAGAGUCUAAGGAAAGAUUAGGCCAUUUAGUAGAGGAAUUAGAUCGUUCGUCAGUUAUAACUGUACAACAUACAUCAACACCAUUAAUUAACAAAAUUCUUGUUACUGUUUCUUCUCAACAACCAUUACCUUCGAUCAAUAUCAAUAAUAAUAGUGUUUGGAAACGACAUGGAAUCAUGAUUGCUGGUGGUAAUGGCAGAGGUUCGAAAUUAAACCAACUAGCUUAUCCUCGUGGUAUCUAUGUGGAUGAUGACGAUCGAACGAUUUAUCUGGCUGAUCAUGAUAAUCAUCGUAUUGUUCGAUGGCGGUUCAAUGCGAUGAAUGGUGAAAUCGUGGCAGGGGGAAAUGGACCUGGUAAAGCACUCAAUCAAUUGGAUCGUCCAACAGAUGUUAUUGUCGAUAAGAAGAAUGAUUCUUUAAUUAUCUGUGAUCGUGGCAAUAGUCGUGUUGUACGCUGGUUUCAUCGCAGCGACAGAAGUCCUCAAAUAAUUAUACCGAACAUUUACUGCUCUCGUUUAACGAUCGAUGACAAUGGUAGUUUGUAUGUUUCGGAUGGCGAAAGGCAUGAAGUCAAACGAUGGAAAACAGGUGAAGCAGAGGGAACAGUUGUCGCUGGCGGAAAUGGAAAGGGAGAUUUUCCUAAUCAACUCAACUCACCAACUGCACUCUUUGUCGAUCAAGAUCACUCUGUCUAUGUUUCCGAUCACCAUAAUAAUCGUGUUAUGAAGUGGGUAGACGGGGCUUUGAAAGAUCAUCCACAAGGUUUAGUUGUUGAUCGGUUCGGUAAUAUUUACAUAGCUGACAGUUGGAACCAUCGCAUAGUGCGUUGGUCGUAUAAUGCGAAGAAGGGCGUGAUAAUUGUUGGUGCAAAUGGGCGCGGUGACAAUUCGGAUCAAUUUCAAUAUCCUGUUGGUCUAUCAUUUGAUCAAGAUGGUUCUCUCUAUGUUGUCGAUCAGAAUAAUAAUCGAGUGCAAAAAUUUACUAUUGACUAA